AUGAAUGCUUCACCAUCUAAAGGAGUAAAGAUGAAAUCCCUCAUAAAAAAAUUCAAGUCUCCUGAAAGAAGCUCUUCACCAGUUGCAAAUCCGGCUUCCGCAUUGUUACAUGGAAACUCACACUCUGGCGUGCCGCAUCUUCAGACUAAAGUGUCAUCCCACUCUUUGAGUACGACCGUAUCAGUAAACGAUGAUACAAUUUCCCAAAGCUCCGGGAGACUGUCCACUUCUCCUUCUUUAUCUCCUCCAUUAGCCGUUCAGCCAUCUGUCUCUCCUAGUCCCGACCAAUCAUCAACAUCACAUCCCCCUCCGGCCAUCAUCAUAUUGCCUUCUGACUCUAUUACCGAGGCAGCUCCCGCCACUAUAGCCACUGAAGAAACACCCGAGACUCCAGCUCCAUCCUUUCCUCCGGCCAUUACAAUAUCACCCUCAGUUUCUAUUAUUGAGGCAGCACUCGCUACUAUAGCUGUUGAAGCAGAGGUACCUGAGACUCCAGCUCCACCCUUAAAUCUAUGGAAAGAAGCUUUCGAAAGUGUCAACGAUGAAACAAAACGCUGGAUCCAAGAGCAUGGGCUCAACUCGACGGAGCAGUCGCAGCCAGAUGGUCAAAUAAAAGAGCUCAUUACUCUUCUCAAGAGCAAAACUCUAGCCGAAGACAACGACACGCCUUCCAAGAUCGUAAUCGGUGACCGCAGAAUCGUUUUACGCGAGCAUGUCAACGAGGUCGUCUCCCUUCUCACCAUGGCUGGCGAUAUUGCAAUGAAUUUUGCACCCCCGCAGGCCAGUGCGCCUUGGGCUAUCGGAAAGGCAUUGCUGAAAAUUCCAGUCAAACAUGUCGACCAGAAGCUAGCCCUUACCGGGACAAUUCGUUGGUUUACACGUAUUGUCCACAGAGGUCAGAUAUAUGAGUUGCGCUACACUGCGAUAACUACAGAUGAGCAAAUCGUGUCCAACCUACACGAUGCCCUCCGAGACUUAUAUGUCGCAGCAAUAGAGCUGUUAGCCCGUUCUGAUAUCGUAUUCAGAAGUGGAACCUUGAAACAAGCAUUCAGUGCCAUUGUUCGGCCUGAUGAGGCCACAAACCUUGUUUCUGAACUAUUAAAGAAAGAACAAAAAGUUGUGCUGGAAGCCCAAGCUUGUGAAGCUUGGUGCAGUGCCAGAACAGAUGCGAGACUGUUUCAAAGAACACAGUACAUGCUGGAGAAGCUUGAUGAAAUGUCGGCUCCGCUGAAACGAGCUGACGAGGGCUUAAUCAAGUUGUUUAGGCAGAUUGAUCAAGGCCAACUGGACGAACUAAUGGACUUUAUUAGCUCAGAGGAAUAUGGCAAAAGUCACUCCGAGUUUAGUGAGUCAAGAGUAGAAGGUACUGGUAACUGGUUAAUAGGUCACCAAUGUUUUCGCCAAUGGCAAGCAAGCCGACAUAGAUCAGUGCUUUACCUCAAAGGCAAUGUCGGCACGGGCAAAACGUUCCUUACCUCACGAGUCAUUGACCACCUAAAGGAAACCUUGCAUGCAUCGCUUGAAGAUGAAGGAUUUGCGUUCUUUUACUGCAACCGAUCUACACCCUUAACGCGAGACCCCCUCGUCGUCCUUAGAAGCUUUGUUCGCCAGCUAGCUGAUAGGGAAUACUACGACGGCGUCCCAAAAAGCCUCAAUCAGGCAUAUGAGAAGGCGAAAAAGGAAAAAAGAGGAUUCAGUUACAAAGAAUGCGAAAUGCUGAUUUUGGACUUGCUUAGCCUCUAUCCAAGGACUACUAUAGUUCUUGAUGCUUUGGAUGAAAAGGCGAAAUACUCAGUCAGACUCUUUGUAUCCAGUCGCCCAGACCGGGAAUACUUAAGAGCAUUUGAGGGAAUGCGGAUAAUAACCAUUAAUAGCGAUGAUCAACAGAUUGAUAUUGGGAAAUAUCUUAAUGCAAAGCUCUAUUCUACACCGUCAUUUCAGAGUCGCCCGAUAGAAAUCCAAGAAAUGAUCAGGGCAGCUUUUACAUCUCGAAAUUGCGGGAUGUUCCGAUGGGUCCACCUACAGGUCAAACAAGUGAAUCCGCUCGUAUCGAACGAUGCGGUCAAACUGUGGGCCAAGACAGUUCCCGGAGAUCUAAUGGAGGCAUACGACCAGAUGUGGAACAUUUUGAAAAAGGAUCACGCAUACGACAUGCCCUUGAUUGAGCGCGCUAUCAAGUGGGUGUUGGGCUCUCUACAACCGUUAGAAACCGAACAUCUGGUGACAGCAAUCCGAUAUACAAUUGAAGGAGAUACUUUGGUAGAGAAAGAGCGACAAACUCCCAGACGGAUACUAUUGCUUUGCCAAGACUUCUUAACGGUUGAUGCGGAGAAGCAAGUGUGGACGUUGCCACAUGCUUCAGUGGCUGAAUACUUUGAAUCCAGGAGCGAGAUAUUGGGGAACUGUCAUGGGUUCGUCGCCAACAUACAGCUCAAGAUCCUUAUGGAACCUGAAGAGGACGUUCUUCUUAUAGAAUCUCAUAAGGACGACCCCGACUACCCGGAAUUCUGUUCUCAUCACAUACCUUUCAGGCAUUACUUCAUGAACAGUUGGCCCACGUAUGUCGAACGAUACGACCGAUGGCUGGGCUCAACAGAGGGCGCAACCCCGGAUGCACAACUUGUGGCCUCUCUGCGACAAUUUCUCGGUUCACCAGAGCAGCGCAGCGCCUACUACAUCAAAUGGUGUAACAGCAGAUUCUAUACUGGGGAUGGGUUUAGCUCCUCUGACAUUUGUUGGCUCGCCAUGUGCCGCUACGGGUUUUACUACGUUUUACAAGAUUGGUGGGACAAUUACGUUGGUAAUAGGCCAGUCGAUCUGUGCAAGCUUAGAUGUUUGUUGAGCACGAUGGAUGAGCUUGAUUCGGCUCAACUUGGGCCCGCAAUUGAAAAUGCGAUGGACGAAGGUCACAAAGAUUUCUUCUUGCUUUUAGAGAAGCAUGGGAAUUUCCACAUCUGGGAUUACUUCGAGGAGAAACCAGAUAUCAUCCUGAUGGCAGCCCGUCGUCCCGGCCAGAUCCAGUGGCUUGCGGACCACAACCUCUUCAAUUCGUACUCUGGAAACUCCCUGCUCAAAGCUGCAGAAAGAGCUGACUUACAAGCAACCAAGGAUCUGCUCGAGGCUGGAGCUGAUGUGAAUCACCGUCCUAAGUAUGCAGCGAAAUUUGGGAGCGCCCUUGCCGCUGCCGUUGCUUCGGCUGGCGGGACCUUUACGCCGGAACGCGUGAAAACGAUACAGCUCCUUCUCGAGAACGGCGCAGAACCUAAUCUGCCAUUACACAGUGGCCAGUCCGGCAGCGCAUUAGAAUCGACGAUUUUCUUUUACCGCGAUCCAAAACCACCCGAAUAUAGGGCUAAAUAUGGACUCGCACAUCCCAUGGAUGUGCUGGCAAUUCUGCUCAAAGCUGGUGCUAAACCCGCCACGGUGCUCGAUCACGGGAAUCAUGGCAGCGCUCUUGCAGCCGCCGCAUAUCGCGGGUUGAAAGAGAUGCUGGCCAUGAUGGUGGAAGUCAUUGGGAAGGACUCGACAAUCGAAUGUCUCCGCCGGAGCAGGCGUCCUGAGAAGACGCUUGCACAAAGGUUCAAUAGCUUGAAGCAAGCAAGACAGGACACAAUAGCAUAUCUCACCGAUGAGCUUGGAGUCGACAAGGAAACUCUCCACAAGAUUGGAUUGUGGCAAGAUGACCCAAAAGAAGUCGGUGCAUUUGGCGUCAAAUUCUUCAUAUAUACACCAACCCAGGAACCAAACAACCAGGAACCAAAACCCCAGGAACCAAAAACCCAGGAACCAAAAACUCAGGAACCGAAACCCCAAGAACCAAAAAUCCAGAAAUCAGGAACCCAGAUACCAAACACCCCGGAGCCAAAUACCGGGAUGAUUUUCCAAUUGUUAUAUAUAUUUGCAGCCGUCGUAGCCGUUGCAGCCGUCGCAUUCGUGGCACUUUCGUAUGGAAUCUUUGAGCCGCGGAGCUGGGCUGCCUGGGGGAUACCUAUAUUAUCCAAUUACCCCAAUCCCAUUGGCUCAUGA